AUGCUUGGUACUGAUAAUCUUGUGACUAUUAUAGCUGGCGACAUGAAUGCCGAAACAGAUGAAUGUGAUAGAUUCGAAUGGAAUGAAUUUAAAGAUGUUUUUCGUGAAUCGAAUCACUGUAUACGAAUUCCAACCUAUUAUCCGGAUCCAGCAUGUUCAGAAUGCAAUACAGCCGUUGAUCAUAUAUUCUAUAAUCCACAUCAAAUCAAAUUGAUUGAAAACGGUAAAGCAUGGGAUACUCCAAAUGGAACACUCAAAGAUGCUCUAACACAGUUCGGAAGCGACCAUAUCUAUAUUUGGGCCAAUUUCAACUUUCAUCCAUAA